UGAUUUUCAGGCUUUGCAGUACAUCCACAAUGGCUGCGCGAAAUCACUACGCGAUCCUUUAAUAUGCACCCAACUGAAAAAGCAGAGGAAAAGGGUACAACGGGACCAGUCUCAAAAUGACCACCGGCUUCAGCUCGAAUUCAUGUCGAUUCGCAGAUUAUUUUGUUAUCUGCGGACUUGACACUGAAAGCGGGCUUGAACCAGAUGAACUGUCAGCUUUAUGCCAGUAUAUAGAGGCUACUAAAUUCAGAGAUGGGGCCAGAGGAUUGGCGAGUGCAGAUGAAGGUGAGAAUUUUGAGCAGAGUCCACUGCGGAGAACCUUUAAGUCCAAAGUUCUAGCGCACUACCCAGAGAAUGUGGAGUGGAGUCCCUUUGACCAGGAUGCCGUUGGCAUGCUGUGUAUGCCAAAGGGUCUGGCCUUCCGCACGCAGGCGGACACACGCGAGCCUCAGUUCCAUUCCUUCAUCAUCACGCGGGAGGACGGCUCGCGGACGUACGGCUUUGCCCUCACUUUCUACGAGGAGGUGACCAGCAAGCAGAUCUGCAGCGCCAUGCAGACCCUGUACCACAUGCACAAUGCUGAACAAUACGACAUCCUGCACACCCCCACCACCCCGCGGUGCCCCGAGGACCAGCGCCACCUCCAUCCCCACCCUCUCAACCCCCACCCCCAACAUACGCUUCUCCCCACGCCCUCCAUCUCCCGGCUGCAGCGCUUCAACUCCUACGACAUCAGCCGCGACACGCUCUACGUGUCCAAGUGCAUCUGCCUCAUCGCACCCAUGGCCUUCCCCCAGGCCUGCAGGAAGGUGCUCCAGCAGCUCCACCAGGCCGUCUCCUCCCCCCAGCCCCCACCCCUCCCCUUGGAGAGCUACGUCUACAACAUCCUGUACGAGGUGCCCCUGCCUCCCGCUGGGCGCUCCCUGAAGUUCUCGGGGGUGUAUGGGCCAGUGGUGUGCCAGAGGCCCAGCACGGCAGAGCUGCCUCUCUUUGACUUCCCUAUCAGCCAGGUGUUUGAGCUGCUGGGGGUGGAGAACGUCCUCCAGCUGUUUACCUGCGCCCUGUUGGAGAUCCAGAUCCUGCUCUACUCACAGCACUACCAGAGGCUGAUGACUGUUGCAGAGAGCAUCACAGCCUUAAUGUUCCCUUUCCAGUGGCAGCAUGUCUAUGUGCCCAUCCUGCCCGCCUCACUGCUGCACUUCCUGGAUGCCCCAGUGCCCUACCUGAUGGGCCUGCACUCCAAUGGAGAGGGUGACCGCACCAAACUAGAGCUGCCUCAGGAGGCCAACUUGUGUUUCGUGGACAUCGACAACCACUUCAUUGAGCUGCCAGAGGACCUCCCUCUGUUCCCCAACAAGCUAGAGUUCAUCCAGGAGAUCUCCGAGGUGCUGUUGUCCUUCGGUGUGUCUCCGGAGGGGAACCCGCUGCACAGCCAGGGCCAGGCCAAACACCGGGGCUUCCGCUCCACCGACAUGGUUACGGACAGACGCAACGGCAACCUGGCCAGCUCCCCCCUCAACUCCUACCUGCUGAGGGAGAACAAGACCAUCGCUAGACUGCAGGCCCUGGUCAAGAGGACUGGGGUCAGCCUGGAGAAGCUGGAUGUGAGGGAGGAUGCCAGCAGCAACAAGGACCUGAAGGUGCAGUGUGAUGAGGAGGAGCUGAAGAUGCACCAGCUCAACAUCCAGGUGCGAGAGGUCUUCGCCAACCGCUUCACCCAGAUGUUCGCCGACUACGAGGUGUUUGUCAUCCAGCCCAGCCAGGACAAGGAGUCCUGGUUCAGCAACAGGGACCAGAUGCAGAACUUUGACAAGGCCUCCUUCCUCUCUGACCAGCCUGAGCCCUACUUGCCGUUCCUGUCCCGUUUCCUGGAGACUCAGAUGUUCGCCUCCUUCAUCGAUAGUAAGAUCCUUUGCCAUGAUGAUGAGGACAAGGAACACACGUUGAGGGUGUUUGACUCCCGCGUGGACAAAAUCCGCAUGCUGAACGUGCGCAUGCCCACCCUGCGCACCUCCAUGUACCAGACGUGCACCAAUAUCGACGAGGCGGAGAAGGCCAUAGAGAUGCGGGUGGUUAAGAUCGACCACACGGCCCUGCAUCCCCACCUGCUGGAUAUGAAGAUUGGCCAGGGUCGCUACGAACACGGCUUCUUCCCCCGGCUGCAGUCUGACGUGCUCUCAACUGGACCCGUCAGCAACAAAUGGGCGAAGAGGAGUGCUCCAGCACAGUGGAGGAGGAAGGACAGACAGAAACAACACGCUGAACACCUUUACCUGGACAACGACCAGAGAGAGAAAUACAUCCAGGAGGCCAGGAACCUGGGCACUACCAUCCGGCAGCCCAAGCUGUCCAACCUCUCCCCUUCCGUCAUCGCUCAGACCAACUGGAAGUUUGUGGAGGGUCUGCUGAAGGAGUGCAGGAAUAAGACCAAGCGCAUGCUGGUUGAGAAGAUGGGCAGGGAGGCGGUGGAGCUGGGUCAUGGGGAGGUCAGCAUUACAGGCGUGGAGGAGAACACACUUAUCGCCUCCCUUUGUGACCUGCUGGAGAGGAUCUGGAGCCACGGGCUGCAGGUCAAACAGGGUAAAUCUGCCUUGUGGUCCCACCUGCUCCACUAUCAGGAGAGCAAAGAGAAGACGGAUGCAGCACCGGCCGGUUUGGGUCACCCAGGUCUCAUCCACGACACAGAGAGACGCAAGUCUGACGCUGGCACUGCCUUGGCCCCUCUCAAGGUAUCCCUGAUCAGGGACAUGAGACACAUCCAGAACAUUGGGGAGAUCAAGACAGAAGUGGGCAAGGCCAGGGCCUGGGUGAGGCUCUCCAUGGAGAAGAAACUGCUGUCCAGGCACCUCAAAAAGCUGCUGUCUGACCAUGAACUUACAAAGAAACUAUACAAGCGUUAUGCUUUUCUGCGUUGUGACGAUGAGAAAGAGCAGUUCCUGUACCACCUCCUCUCCUUCAACGCUGUGGACUACUUCUGUUUCACCAAUGUCUUCACCACCAUCAUGAUCCCAUACCAUGUGCUGGUGAUUCCCAGUAAGAAACUAGGAGGCUCCAUGUUCACAGCCAACCCCUGGGUGUGUGUGUCUGGGGAGCUGGCUGAGACCGGGGUGCUCCAGGUCCCCAAGCACACUCAGGAGAUCACCUUUGAGUGCCAGAACCUGGGCAAGCUGACUACAGUGCAGAUGGGCCAUGAUAACUCAGGUCUUUACGCCAAGUGGCUUGUGGAGUAUGUUAUGGUCCGGAAUGAGAUCACAGGUCAUGCUUACAAGUUCCCGUGUGGCCGGUGGCUGGGGAAGGGGGUGGACGAUGGCAGUCUGGAGAGGGUCCUGGUGGGAGAGCUAGUGACACCGAACUCAGAGAAUGAGGACAGAAUGUGUCGCACGCCCCCCAUGCAGCAGUCCCCUGGAAUGAUGAGGAGGUUCGUCACCAUCUCACCAAACAGCAAACCAAAGUUGAACACUAGUCAGAUCCAAGAAGGAGUGGGAGAGGCCAUCAAUGGGAUAGUGAAGCACUUCCACAAGCCAGAGAAGGAGAGGGGCAGUCUGACCCUUCUGCUGUGUGGGGAGUAUGGUCUAGUCUGGGCUUUAGAGCAGGUGUUCCAGCAUGGCUUCAAAUCCCCACGCCUCUUUAAGAAUGUCUUCAUCUGGGACUUCUUAGAAAAGUCACAGAUGUACUUUGAGAGUGCUGAGCAGAGGGCGGUGACUCCAGAUGAGAACUGGCAAACCAGAGUACGCCACUUCUGCCGCUUCAUGCGGGCCAUCAACAGCACAUCUAGGAACAUAGGCAAGGAUGGGAAGUUCCAGAUGCUGGUGUGUCUGGGUGCCAGGGACCAUUUGUUACACCACUGGAUCGCUCUCCUCGCAGACUGUCCAAUCACAGUCCAAAUGUACGAAGACACAGCACUGAUAAAGGACCGCUCAUUGGUAAAUUCUCUGAUCAGAGUGCUACAGACUUUGCAGGAGUUCAACAUUACCCUAGAAGCUUCACUUGUCAAAGGGAUCGGUAUCUAGGCCCUCCUUCGUUCACACCAAUUGGACCUGACUAAGGAAGACUGUUAGGGACCACUAAAGAACAAUUGAACCUUUUUAUGCAGAAAGAGACUUGAACAAUUAAGGGACGAUUUCUGGCUUAUAUUAAAGCUACUGUUACAUUUGCCAUAUAUUAAGUGCAAUGAGCCUUUCAAAAUGUGUUGUUAUUUUUAUCCUCAACAAUGUUGCUGUUAGACGUUAAGAAUAUGUUUUCUAUUACGAUCCGUGACUUUCACUUUGUUGAAGAAGAUAACCCACCUGUUGUAUACUACUUUAUUGAAAGCUAAAUAUUUUCAUUGUUAUUGUGAACUGCUGACAAUGGCUAUAUUCUAAAAAGGAAAACAAGGAACAAAAACUGUUAAUAUAUUUUCAGAGAAGAACAGUAUUAUUUUGAUAUGUCUGUCAAGUUGCUUGCUCUGUUCUAAUUCUAACUGUCAUAAUGCAGAGCUUGAAGCAAAUGAUGCAGAAGUAUGCUUUAUAAGUAUGAAUAUGACAUGGUAUAGAUGUUUGUGUAGGGUGGAAAACUGAUCCAUCUAAAUCAAUAUGACAAUGUGUAAGUUUGGAUCAAUCCCACUGGAAGUACCGUAGUAUGCAACUAUUUUAUAUGGAAUAAGAGGCUCCUGGCUCCCCCUGUGAAUAAGAUAAUGUAGCGUAUGCUAGUGAUGCACAAUAUGUAUUCAGUUGGAGAAGUAUCACUAUACGGCCAUGUCAGUGCUUCACACUUGACACACAACUCUUCAACAGUACAGUACUCAUCAUAACCAUGGCUUGGUAGAAAGUGAGUCAUUUAUAAAAUGACAGCCUUCGUGUAAAUACCUCUAACCAGUGCAUCCUUCUUUCCAACAACUUCUCAUUAUUCCUCACCUGUUCUGCCCAUUCCUGGCAGGUUUACAACAUCAUGUCUGUUCAGUAGUGAAAAUUGUAUGAGCUGAUUGCCACUUAAAUUAAUAAUGAGUGGUACAUAUGGUUGCUAUAAAAGGCCAGAUUCAAAAUAGAGCAAACAAUUCUCCUCUGAACUGUUGGUGUUUCUGCUAUGCAAUUUAAUCCACAUCACACAAAAAAAUCUACCCAAGAUCUAGAUGAGAAUCAUUGGACCUCCUCCAUUUACUGUGCAGCAUAUGAUGAUGAAUAACAACAGCAGUUUGAUAGAAGUAGGUGUGAAGGAUGUCUUUCCUGUGCCAACGUCUGAAUUGUGUUGGUUGUACUAUUCCAUUUACAAUCGACAUGAGCAUCUUGGGAGAUAUAUUUUUGUUUUUCAAUACUGUUGUACAUUUAUUGGCAUAGCCGUAUAAUGUAGUGUUUACUAAGUGAGGAAAUGUGUACAGUGUAAAAAAAUAAAUAAAGAAUACAAUUACAG